GAACCGCUCGUGGUCCCCUUCCCUCCGGCAGGGCCCUGCCGCGAGCCCCCCGUGCGCCCAGCCCGGCACCGAGGGGGAGAACGACAGAGCGGGCGAGCACGGAUGCUGCGGUUGUGGGGACAGACACUGGCACCCCUCCGCAGCUGAGAGCUCCGUGUAUUUGCUCACACGAGCUUCCGGACCCCAUCAACCCCAGAAACGCUCCCCGGCGCUGGGCGGGAGGAGCCGUAGGUGUGGCAGCUCCGUCCCCGAGCCCGCGGCAUUGGCGCGUCCCAGGGGAAACAGCGAAUCCCGGAAUCCCCGUGGCUGGGGGACCCACGAGGGUCACGGGCGGAGCGCAGACCCGCAGAGAUGCUCUGGGCCGUGGUGGCACCGCCGGCUCCCUGCCCGGCGAACCUGAGGCGCCCCCGGAGGGCCAGAGCUGUCCCGGAGUCCCCGGGGACCCCGUCCGAGGCUGGGACGGUGGUGUCCGUGCCCCGGUCCCUCCCGGGUCCCCCUCGGUCCCCACCGGUUCUCCCGCCCCGCCGGCGGACCCGCUGUCAUGCAACCCGGACGUCACAGGAGCGCGCUUUGCGGCAGGGCGCGAGGGCUCGGCGCGACACUCGGUGGCGCUUUGCGGCAGUACCGGCGUGCGGGGCCAUGGCGGAGGAGGAGGACCUGGCAGCGGCGGCGGCCGGGAGCGGCAGCGAGAGCGAGGAGGGGGAGGAUGGCGAGCGGCGGCACCGGCAGCUCCUGGAGGCGAUCAGCGCCUUGUCUGGACGGAAACGGCGGAAGCUGGCGGAGCGCUCGGAGGCCAGCGGGCAGGUGUCCGAGUUCAAUGUCACUUGCAAAGGUGCUGGGGAAAAGCUGGUGCUGUCGGAGCUGCUGCAGCCCAUCCAUCCCAAAUCCACACUGGGCAGUGUGAGGAAGGAGCUGGCCAGAGUGAAGCGGAAGGCAGCGGUGGAGCUGCCUCUGAGCAAAGAGGAGGCCAAGAGGGUGGUGAGGGAGGCUGCCUAUGUCACCACCUCGAAGGACGUGGGGAAAUGGCAGCAGGUGGUCCUGCAGAACCGGCGUGCAGAGCAGCUGGUGUUCCCCCUGCGGCAGGACAUCGCCACCGUCACCCCUCUGGAGAGGGCUACCUCGGCGUGGAAGGCCCGAACUCCACUGGAGCAGGAGAUCUUUGGCUUGCUCCACAAGACACAGCAGCCCAUCACAGACCCGCUGCUGACAGCAGAGGAGAUGGCCUCAGUGCAGGCCAUGAGCUUGGAGGAGGCACGGCACCGGCGGGCAGAGCUGCAGAAGGCUCGGGCAGUUCAGUCCUACUACGAGGCCAAGGCUCGGCGAGCGAAGCGGAUCAAGAGCAAGAAGUACCACCGCAUGCUGAAGAAGAGCCGGAGGCGCCAGGCCCUGAAGGAGUUUGAGCAGCUGCACAAAUCAGACCCUGCAGCCGCCUUGGCACGGCUGGAGGAGCUGGAGCAGCUCAGGAUGCAGGAGCGGAUGAGCCUGAAGCACCAGAGCAAGGGAAAAUGGGCCAGAUCCAGGGCCAUUAUGGCUAAGUAUGACCUCGAGGCCCGCAAGGCCAUGCAGGAGCAGCUGGCCAGGAACAAGGAGCUGAUGCAGAAGGUGCGGGUGGAGCCGCCCGAGGAGGAGCCCUGUGAGCUACCCGAGGGGGACACCCCGGCCUUGCCCGUGCCCACCGGGGCCAGCGCAGCUAAUCCCUGGAUGCUGGGCAAGCCCAAUGGCCCAGCCACGGAGCCUGAGGCACAGGAGGGUCCAAGAGAUGACACAGUGCCUGAUGCUGUGGAGAACAAGGAUGAGAUGGAGGAGGAGGAGCUGUCAGAGGAAGAAGCUCUGCUGCAAGACUUCGAGCAGAAGCGACGAGAGCGGACAGGGAUCCUCCAGGGGCACAGUGAGGAGCAUGGUGCUGAUGAGACUGAGCCUGGUGCUGAGCAGCCCAGGGACAGCCCAGUCCCCCCAGCCUGUUCUGAGGAGCUGGGGGACAGCCCAGUACCCUCAGUCUGUGCUGAGGAGCUGGUGAGCGCAGGACUGGAGUUGCCCCCUCAGGCCCAGGAGCAGCUCCUGCUCUCAGAGCAGCUGCACCAUGUGCAGACCAUGGAGGAUAUGGAGAAUCUGGCCAAGGAGGAGUUUGUGGAAGAGCAGGAGAAGCUGGUAGCCCCGAGAGCAGGGAAGCAAGCACAGCAGCAGGAGGCAGGCAGGGCUGGGGACAGACAUACCAAGAAAACAACAACUAAGAGGAAAAUGAUCAGCCUGGAGGCCGUGCUGGAUGGCAAACCCCAGGAGAUGGACUGCCCCAGCCUGCCUGUGGUGCUGGAGGAGGAGGAGGGUGGCAUGGAGCAGCGUGGCAUGAUCACGGAGGCCUUUGCUGGGGAUGAUGUGGUCGCCGACUUCCGCCGGGAGAAGCGCAAGGCAGAGGAGGCGGCGAAGCCACGGCCGGUGAACCUGGUGCUGCCAGGCUGGGGCGAGUGGGGCGGCACGGGGCUCAAACCCAGCACCAGGAAGAUCAAGAGGUUCCUGAUCAAGCCACCGCCAGCACCUCCGCGGAAGGACCGGCACCUGCCCCACGUCAUCCUGAGCGAGAAGCGCAACAUCCACGCGGCAGCACAUCAGGUCAGCGAGCUGCCCUUCCCAUUUGAGCAGCACCAGCAGUUCGAGCAGAGCAUGCGGACGCCCGUGGGCUCCACGUGGAAUACUCAGCGCGCCUUCCAGAAGCUCACAGCCCCUCGAGUCAUCACCCGCACUGGCCACAUCAUCCAGCCCAUCUCGGCUGAGGAUGUCCCCGACACAGCCCCCGGCAGCGGGGCCAGGCUCGGGGGGGAGGCCAUGCCCGGGAGGAAGGCUGUCCUCAGGGGGAAGGCUGUGCCCAAGGGGAAGGCUGUGCCCAAAGGGAAGGCUGUGGAGGGGAAGGCUGCAGGAGGGAAGGCGCAGCCCCAGCACCGCAGAGCGAGGUAGCUCUGUGUCUGUAGCCUGCGGUCUCGAACUGGAGCAAGUGGAGGAACCAGGAGCAGCUCCUGGUUCUGUCCAGUUCCUUCUACCUCUUUCUCUGCAAUAAAACCCAGGGCUGCCCUUCCUUGCUGUCUGCAUGGCUGCCUUGGCAGUGUCCAGGGUUAGGUUGGGCCGGUGCCCUCCAUCCUGUCCUUGAGGUCCAUGCAGGGUUGAGUGCUUUGGCUGAGUUGAAAGUGAAAGCUUGGUCGAGAGCUCAUAGUGGGAUACACCUGGGAGCAUGGUGAGAGAUUGGAAUAGCUGCCAACAUCCUGUCCUUUGCCUUUGUCUUGUAUAUCCCCAUUUUUCUACCUAUAUAGAUUUUAAAAUCUUGGCCAAAGGGGCUUUCUCCCCACUUUGUCAUGCUGAGCCUGGUCUUGGGGGUGUUUCUGAGGUCCACCUGCACUCCUAAAGUAGCUGCUCAGUCCUAAUAAAGCUGGUCACCUGGAAA